CAUGCAACGCCCUCACAUUUUCGCGCACUUAAAAAUGCUGAUAUAUAAACACACUGAAUAGACUUUCGUCUGAGCGACGCAUUCGCCAUUUUACUUUAGCCUAUUAUGUGUAUAUAUAAAUCAGGAUUAAACAAGGGCACGAGUCUGUCGUGACAAAGUUUUGAGACGAAGCCACAGACGCUGUAAAUAUGCUCAAAUAAUUUGGCGGUUAGCAGGAAGUUGCGACGAUCUUAAAUAUAAGUAAACAUUUUAUUCAGUGUAUCUUUUGAGUCGGUCUCAUUCAGACCAAGAGUUAUAACGAUUACUAUGGUGUGAAUUGGUUAUCAUUGAUAGCUUGCAAAGUGUUCGUCCAACUGAUCGCUGAGUUAUUUGUCGUAUGAUCCUGAAGCGCUUAGCACCCUAUUAUGCGAGAUGUCUAAACUACAGAAGACAAACGGUAAAUACUUAUGGUGGUGCCUCCUGUGCCUCGAAUUCAGACCGGAUACCGUUACCAAAAACAUCAAACAUCUAAAUCUGGGAAUGAACAUGUUUGAUAAGCCGAACAAAGAGGCCUUCUACAUUGUCAUCCGCUUUUUAUUUGAUAAACUGAAUCCCACUCGUGCCCAAGACGUCUUCAGGCUUUGCUGGCCAAUUUGGGAUCAUAAACGUGAUGCUGAGUUUCGCAAGGUGGCUUUUGCAUGGCUCCAGGAGAUAGCGAAUGAGGAAGGUAAUACUUUUCCUAAGGUAGCUGCAUCACAUUUGCUCUCUGCUUUUGGACCAAGAUUCAUCAACUUGAUGCUCCACUUAUCCAAAUAUGUCAUGCUGAAAACACUGAAGACAUUGACCACAGAUGACACGUGGGUCCCUGAGGCUGCUGCAGUUCCAGCGAGUUCAAAGGAGCUGGAGAUGAAAAGAUUUCAGCUGGUGAAGAGACUAAUGCAGAGAGUGACCGUAGAGCAGGACUGCCUUAUUCAAGACUAUCAGAAAAGAGCUAAAGGUUUGGAGAAGUCUUUGAGGGACUGUGACGCAGAGGAUGCCAAAUAUAAUCAUUUGCUUAAAGAACAAGACCUUAAUGCUGAUUUGAAGGAAGACAUUCUUGCAAAAAAUCAAAAGGUGCGACGCCUAUGGACUGAGAUAGACAUCUUAUCCACCCUUGAAGGGGAACGAAAAGUAGUAGAGAGUGUGAUCCGUGGAGAGGGGGACCAGUACAUCUUUCGUGGGCAGGACCUGAGUGUGAAGAUACCAGCAGUUCUGCGUGAAAGUGUGGAGCAGCUAUCCCACCAGUCUAGUGUUGGUAGCUUGUAUGAGGGAGGGCAGCCUGUCAUUGUGCCUUUGCUGAAGCUUCUAAAUGAGGGACUACGGGUCCUUAAUGAGGAGAGAGAGAAAAUUGUAGGUCCAAGUGUACAGCUUCAACGCCAACAGGUUCAAGACCUCCAGGAGCAUGCCUUGCUUUUCAGCCGCUCAAAAGAAAACCUCAAGCUUAUCAGGCAGAAACUGAUUAAAGAGGAUGCAGCAGAGAUCAAGGUCUCCAUUAGAAGAAUUGAGGAGGACUGGGAGAACAAGUGGGCAGAGUGUUUGAAAAACACACCCCUGACCUCUUUUCUUAAAGAGGAUCCUGCUAUUGACUUUGUCUCCCCAAUGGCUCCUCUCUCAUUUGAGCCGGCUUCUGAGGCUAACUUUGAGGCUAGUGUCAUCUCACAAUAUUCAUAUAAACUACCUGAACUACUAGAACAGCCGUCAAAUAGAGAACCAGAGAAAACAGAGACAGAUGUCCAUUUGGAGCCAGACGUCCAACUGGAGCCAGAGCUCCAAAUCACUUCAAUAGCAGCUGAAGAUAAAGGGGUCCUGCUGUCUUCUGACAGCUGCUUUUCCAAAAAAACAACUUUUGAUACACCACCAUGUGAAUCUCCCUUGACUUAUCUGGCUAAAAUUCAGUCUGUGACUCAGACACCCAGUCCAGUACAGCCUUACCUCAGAAAUCUACAGUCAACAAAGGCAUCUGUCCUAAAGAACAAGGCUCAAAUUUUAGAUUUGGAGUAUGACAACUUGGCAAGUCAAUUUGCAGAGGCAGUGAUCAUGAGUCCAGUCAAUGGAAGGAGUGAUAUGGAUCUUGAGCAGUUACUAAAUGCCAUAUCUGACCCUUUUUCAGCUAGGAAACAGCUAUGCCGCACCCCUGACAGUCUAAUUAAGGAUGUGAGAAGUUCGUGGAGAAAAGCUGUGGAAGAAGGCAUGGCUGAGAAGAAACAAGCAUCUCUGAAUCGGCAAGACAGUCUUUCUUGGCUCAAGACGCCCAUGGUUGAGGCGAACAGCUCUUGCACCAGACCAAGUCCAGAGCCUUCCCUCUUAUUUUCAACUACUCUUGCCCAUUGCACUCCCCUUCCUGUCCAGCAGGGGUCAUCCCUUCACUCAACUGUGUCAUGGGACUCCUCACAGCUGGAGGCUCUUAACAGCCAAAGCUCAAGUGAUGUUAUUAAAUUCAGCAUUGCUCAGGAGCAGCUCCCAAACCUUUCUGAGGAUGAUGUGUCAUUUAACAGUGAUAGUUCAGCAGAGAUCCACAGUAACAAGGAGCGAGAGGAAGAACUUAUACUGCCACCUGUUGAACUGACAUCAAAGAUGUGCUUGGAGGCCUCUUUAGAUAAAUCCCCUUUCAAAGACUCCCCAGUACAUUCAAGGAAGAGCCAAGGUUUGAGCCACUGGACUGCUAACGAGAGGCUGUUCUCUCUUGAUUUGGACCAGCUUGAGAAUCUCUCCCCUCCUUAUCCUGCUGAGAAAUUCACCCUGCCCAGUUUAGUGAAUUUGUCUCUUGAUGAAUACUAACAUAUCUUCAACCACUGUAACUGUAUGAUGCAAAAUGUGUCUGCCAAAUGAAAUUCACUCACUGCUUGAUGUGCUUUCGCUCAGUUUAAUCUUUGAACCAUUUUAAGGCUAUUGUCAACUAACUCCCUUUUUUUUUUUUUUUCUGAACCAUGUAAAUUCUUAUGACAUCAGUACUAAACUUUAGUAUGUACAAACUAAUUGUAAAAGGUAAAUAUUGGCUAAAUUUUGGUGUUCAUGUUUUGUAAUAAAGUUUUUUUUUUUUUUUUUUUG